UUGCUUGAGGCGGUGAAGAAGAACGUGGUCAAGCAAUGCAAAUGCCACGGCGUGUCUGGCUCCUGUACGACAAGGACCUGCUGGGAGGCGAUUCCAAAUUUUCGCGUCAUAGGAAAUGACCUCAGGGAGAAGUACGACCAUGCGCUGCACGUAAUCGUGAACCCUGACGGGGCCGCACUAAUGCCGGCCGAGGAACGCCGCUUCGACUCUGUCUCCGGGUGGAGGAAGCCAUACAAGAGACAGGCGGUCAACAAGGUUGAGCUCGUAUAUUUCGAGCCCUCGCCGGAUUACUGCGAUAACGAUAUACGUACAGGCUCCUUGGGGACAGCCGGUCGUCAAUGCAACCUCACCUCUUCCGGCCCCGACAGCUGCGAUGUUAUGUGCUGUGGUCGGGGCUAUGACACCGUUAGCUACAUGCGUACUUUCAAAUGUCACGUAAGUACUUUUUUACUUUCUACGUUUACAGUAACACACCUUGAUGUAUCUGCAAGUUAA